CACAACACUCCUUCACUACUACAACUAAUACCUAAUACACACCAGUCAUUCUUUAAUACCAACAUCCAACUACUCUUACAUUCUUUAGAUCCAUUCUUUUCAAUCACCAACCACCAACAACCGCAAACAUGAAGUUCUUCAGCGCUGCUCUCUCCGCCGCCACCAUUGGCUCCGCUCUUGCCUCUCCCAUCCUCGGCUCUGCCUGCGGUGGUCAGGGCGCUGCCCCCUCCGGCAUCAACGGCCUUCCCUCCGGUGCCGCUCUCCCCUCCGGUGCCGCUCUCCCCUCCGGCGCUGCUCUUCCCUCCGGCGCCGCUAUCCCCUCCGGACUUGCCUCCCCCAUCAACGGCGAUAACUUGGUCCCCGCCCCCGUCCAGACCUUGACCUCCGCCACCACCCUCUACCAGACCUGGGCCACCACUGUCUCCGACUCCAAGACCCAGUACCUCACCUCCGGCUUGGCCGUCCCCACCGGUGUUCCCUCCGUCCCUUCCACUGGCAGCGCUGGUGCCGGUGCCAUCAACGGCAAGGCCCCUGUCGUCAUCGUCAAGGAGGUCACCACCAUCGUCCUCAACAUCGACGUCCUCGUCAAGGCCGACAUCGCCCACAUCCUUGAGCUCCUCGAGGUCAAGGCUGGCGUCGACGCUCAGCUCCUCCUCGAGGCCCUCGUCAGCCUCCAGGGCCACCUCCACACCGUCGUCACCGGUGUCGUUCCCCAGAUCACCGCUCUCAUCCGCCCCGAGGUCGGCCUCGUCGCUGGUGAGCUCCAGAUCGUCCUUGACCUCAUUGCCGAUGUCGAGAUCCUCCUCAGCCAGGUCGAGAACUGCCUCAAGCACCUCGUCGCCACCGUCAGCCACGACGUCCUCAAGGUCAUCGGUGCUGAGCUCAACCUCGUCUCUGGCCUCCUCCUCCCCAUUGCUACUCCCAUUGUCAACUUUGCCCUCCGCGCUGUUGUCGGCCUCCAGAUUGAGGCUCCUCAGCUCGUUGCCCAGAUCCAGGCCCGCGCUCACUCCAUCAACCUCCUCGCUGGUGGCCUUGUCGGCUUCCUUAGCGCCACCCUCAAGAUUGUCCUCUAAAUUCUUUAACCUGCCCGGUUUUAGAUUCAAGAGUGCGAUGCUCAGAUGAUAGGCGGAUGAAUAGUACGAGUAGAAGUGGAGGAAUGAGAAGGAGAAGGAUGAGUGGGAAAGAGUAGGAGUAGGAGUUAGGAAAAAGGAGUGGAGAGGAGUGGAGUGUCGGGGGAGUCAGACAAAACAUAGAAAAGCAGUGGACAAAAAAAGGGGAGGAAGAGGAAGAGGAUAGGAGUGGGGAGUGAGAGAAGGGGAAGAGGGGAAGAGGGGACGAGGAGUCGAGGGGAAUAGAGUCGCAUAGAGGUAGCCAAGGGUAUAGAUCGGGAGGAGUUCUUGCACAUAAAUCAUUGGGGGGUCCUUUGCUCUGAACGUAGAGAGUAGUCAAUAAUUGUCUUUAAUAGAGGUAGCUAGCUGAACAAAAGAACUUGGUUGUUUGAAAA